AUGGUGCAGGACCAAAACCUCAUCCUGGCCUACACCCCACAUCCGCUUAUUGCGGACAAACUAAUUGGUGAACUGACAGUUCCUUCAUCCGUCGGACCGGUGCCCCUGUUCGGGUAUCUCCGCGCGGACACCCAGGACUCCUGCUACGGAGUGGUGACAGUGCGCAGCUCUGACUCUGAAGCCGAACUUCGCCAACGCUUCUACUGGCCGGAAGGCGAAAUACUGCACAUCCGGCGUUUGGGCACCUCCAACAAGGUGCGGCUCACUUUUGCAGGAAAGGUGAAGCACAGGUACGUCACCUAUGACACCCUGCUGAUCCCGGUGCAGCCAUACAGAAAAACUGUACCAGCCUGCAACCAGUGCGGCUCAGUUGGGCAUCGACCCGACGCUUGCCCUAGCCCUAAACCGGACCUCUGUGGUACCUGUGGCAACACAGUGCCACUCAUAGAUGGUGCUCGCGCACCUCACGAAUGCACGCCGAAGUGUGCUCUAUGCGCCGGACCCCACGUCACCGGGGACCGGUGCUGUAAGGAACGAAUUACAGGGCACCACAACCAAAACCAUCCACUCUUCUACCGAAGAACCAAAUCGGCUCCAAGAAACGCAAACGCCGGCGAACACGGAAGCCAAGCAGGCCGACCACCGGGACUUCACCGCAGGGGGCCCAGCCUCCUGCCACCAAACCUUCUCCUCCACCCCCGCAUCCUGGCGCGGGGGCUCCCGGGCCCUCCAAGCGAGGCCCCACCCCGGCCGGACCUCCCGCCGCGAGGUCCACCUCGAGCCAGGGCCCACCUGCCUUCCCUACACCGCACCCGCCAGUCACCCGGAAUCCAGCCUGCUGACCAAGGGGAUGCCACAUGGGCCGCUCGCGUCCGACAAGGACCCGAGGUGAGCGGCUCGGGCGGGGCAGCCUCCCCAUCCGGAACCCCCUCGAACCCACCCAAACCUCAAACCUAUUCCGCCCCCACACGGGAACAACUCGAAAUUAAACAGCUCCGGGCCCAAGUGGCCUCGUUGACCCGUGCAAUGGAGGCACUCGCAAACCGCCCGCCUCCAUCUAACUCGACACCUUCCGGGCAGGCGCCGGAAGCGAUGGAUAGUGCCCCCUCGGAACAAAGGGACACCACGUACGGCACUCCUCGCUCCGAUUGA